CUUACAGUACUGGCCCAAUGAAGGUGACACUGAGACGCAUGGUAACAUUCAAGUUACAUGUCAUCGUGUGGAUGUCUGCCAUCGAUAUGUCAUCAGGAUUCUAAUGACUACAAAUGGCAUAGAAUCAAGGACAUUAAAGCAAUACCACUACCAAGGCUGGCCUGACAAAGGAGUACCUAAGUUUGCUGGACCUGUACUCAAGAUGAUCCAAGAUGUCAAUGAGAGCCAGGAGAAAGCAGGGGAUGGACCACUGCUUGUUCACUGCAGUGCUGGUGCUGGAAGAACAGGUGUGAUCAUUGCUGUAGAUAGUAUCUUACGAGAAGCCAAGAGGUCUGAUCAGAUUGAUAUCUUCUCUUUCAUCAACUCAAUGAGAAACAACCGACCUCAGAUGGUUCAAACUCCUGAGCAAUAUGCUUUUGUUCAUGAGGCUGUGCUAGAGGGUUUGUUAUGCGGUGAUACGUUGAUCCUAGAAGACGAUAUAACCGAGAGAGUGGAGCAAAUACAGUGGCCAAACCCACAUACAGACAAGUCUCCAUUGCAACAAGAAUUUGAGAUAUUGGACAUUGUAUCAUCAGACGUGAAUGUCGGCUGUUCGGGUAGUAGUCCUGAGAAUGAGACGAAGAACAGAUAUCCAAACAUUCUUCCUCAGGACCGAAGUCGCCCCUAUCUGAUGACUCCUGGUGACCGUGCAGGCUCUAAUAACUACAUCAAUGCCAGCUUCAUGUCUGGUUACUCCAAGAAGAAUGCUUUCAUCGCAACACAAAUGCCUCUUGAUAGCACUGUGCUGGACUUCUGGAGAUUAGUACAUGACUACCGUAUCUCAACUAUCAUCAUGCUCAACCAACUCAAUGAUAAGACAUGCAGCAUAUACUGGCCUGUCAACACUAGGAGCGUGACUUUUGGCCCCUUCACCGUGGGUCACAAGGGGUCAGAGAACAUGAACCGGGUCAAAGUUCGCACACUAGAGCUCAAAUACAAGGAGGAGGUACAUGAGAUCCGUCAGUUUGAGGUUCAGACUUGGCCCACUUGGAUCCAGUCCGACGGGGUCCAGUCUCAAGAACAGUGUAUGGAUGCAGUCCUUCAACUCAUGGACUACCUUCGCAAAUGUGAGAUCCAGAGAAGUAGUGAACAGAGUAGACCUGGAGAUGGGCCACCUAUCCUAGUACAUUGCUUGAGUGGCAUAGAGGAAAGUGGAGUCUUCUGUACUGUGAUGAAUUGUUUAGAACAACUCAACAAUGAUGGCGCUAUUGAUGUCUUCCAAAAUCUCAGGCUACUAAGGCUCUCCAGGCCAAACUUUGUUCCAACUUUGACUGACUACCUACUAUGUUAUAAGCUGCUUACCCAUCAUCAUACAUUGUGUAGAUCAGAGGAGGAGCUGGACUAUGAGAAUCGUCUUCCUACAGAGGGUCUGUAUGAGAAUGUAGAUCAUUCUAGAGUUAAACAGAGUGAUGCACAAUCUCUAGCUUCCGAAUGCUAGACUGUGGCUACCUAUAGAGUAUUGAUACCUUCAUCAUCAUCGGAUUAUUAUAUAAUUUCUUGUUGAGCACCUUUAUAUUUUUCUAACUGCUCACUUUGUGCACAAUUUAUUCGUCUUUUUUCCUGCUUAUUUUUUAAUAGCUCUUGACUGUCUGUCUUCAGUUUUUUUUCUCCUUCUGUUCGUUCAGAUAACAUUUUUUUUUAAAUGAAUGAUUUGUUAUUACAAUGAGAGUUUAUUAUAGUCAUUGUGUAAUAAGUGGUUCAUCUUAUGAUCUGUUCACCAAAUAAUCAUAUCAACAACAACAA